UCCUGCAGCCUCCCCAGCUCCAGCUCCAGCUUCGCUCGCAGAGCCCUCAGCCCACAGCACCAUGAAAGUCCUGGCAGCCACCCUGGCCACUCUGCUCCUCCUGGCCACCUGCUCCCCAUCUGAGGGCCACCUCGAUGGUGUCCCCAGCACCUGCUGCUUCAAAUACCAUAGAACGCCCAUCCCUCGGCGCCUCGUCAGCUCCGUCUUCGUCACCAGCAGCUCCUGCACCAAGCCAGGCGUGAUUGUGGUCACCAAGAAGGAGAAGAUGCUGUGUGCAGAUCCACAGGCACCAUGGGUGAAGGAGCUCCAGAAGCACUUCCAGAGCCUGGAAAACUGAGCCUUCCCUGCUGACAUCCCCAAUCACACCCCUGCAUGGCUUCCAGCCUCGGGCACACCAGAGAGGAUUUGACAUCCCCUUCUUCGAUGGGGAAAAUUAUUUUAUUUAACUUAUUUAAGUUAAACUAAAUAUUCUUUUUCUAAGCACAAAAAUUAUUUAAACUGUGUCAGAAUAAUAAACUAAAAUAAAGUUCAUUUCAAUCACAUCAA